AUGAAAAAAUCGAGUUCAUCGAAAGAAGGGUUUGUGCAUAUACAUGACAAAAAUGACCCUGAUCAAAAAGCUGUUUCCUCGGAGGGAACUAAAAAGCAAAAAACUCCGACAUCUUUAACGGAACAAGUUUUGGUGGGACUUUUGAACGAUCUUUUUUCUAGUUGCGUUUUUCGUUCAAUACCUUUAAUUGAUGAAUCACACAUAAGUUUGACGAAAGCAAGACCAGAUUUAAAAAAAGAUCGCUACAUGAUAUAUUUGAAAUGGACAAAAUCAGAAAUUUUUGUUCAAUCGGUUUCCCACAAAUUUCCAACUUUCUCUGGAAAGCAAACCCCUAUACAAGGUAAUAAAACUAAUGAUUCACGCAACUUACUAUGCAAGAUGACUAGAUAUGGAGAAAAGAGUGUAAUACUAUCGAUGGGUCUUGCAACGGCUCUUAGAGCAUACACAGAACCAUUACAUCAUUCAAACAAGAUACCGAUAUCUAUCUUGAACGAUUUUGUUGAUAAAGAGAUAUAUAAAGGCGGAGCUUGGGCAUUUAAUUCUUUACCCGUUUUUUUAUCUUCAGGAAGCAAAGAUACUAAAGAACAAAAUGAGAGGAGAGAAUAUCUUUUAAAAAUAGCAAAUGAACAGUUUGAUGAAAUACAACCUUCAACUAUUGUAUCCAUUUUAUGGAUUUUGUAUUACAUGCAAAAUCACAAACGCUUCCACAAGUUAUGUAUGCUAUUGUGUAAUGAGUUUUUCCACAACUACCAAACUGACACCAAAAACUUUGUUUAUUUUCUUUAUUUAGCCAAGAAAAUGGAUUUGAUAACAAACGGAAAGUUGGAAGAAAUUAUAUAUUCCCAUUUUAACAAUGUAACAAUUUUAGAAACUCUCACAGUCCCUGACAUGAUUAUACUAACCAACAUUGUACGCUUUAGUAAGAACACUACUCUAACACAGAAGAUAAUUACUCUUUUAUACUAUGAAAUAGAAUCUAUGAGUAAGGAGUGCGCUGUUUUCCUGAUGAGUGGCCUAACAAAAAUGAACUUUCAGUUUCAUCUAAAUGACUUAUUUUCUAAAAAACUUUUUUCACGAAUUUUGGCAGUGUACGACGACAUUACUUCAGAUGAGCAGUUGAGCCUUAUUUUUUACACGAUGUCUACUCUAAUAUAUGACGUUGUGGGCUAUUUAAAUGAACUGAUAUCAAAGACCUUAACUAGACUCCAUAUGCUAUCAUCAGAGCAAGUCGUAAAAAUUGGUCUAUUAUAUGCAUUAGCCAUUAACACUUCAAAGUUGAGUCUUAAGCUUAAUGAUAAGAAAACUGGGCCUAUGGAAAUUAAAGAUAGGAUUUUGGGUAAGUUGGAAAGUCCAGUUAGCAAAACUAUUGACCACUGUCUCGAGUUUGCAUUCAGAAAAGCAGCAGUAAACUAUAUAUCUCCCGAGAAAGAUUUGCUCAUAAUGAUUAAUGGUCUCCUAGUUCAUAGUUACUUUCCUUUAUUAUCCAAAAAGUUGGACAAGCUGGGUUUGGAAUUUGGUGAAUCUUGGAUAAAUUCAUUUGGAUAUACUAAAAUGGUUACAAAAUAUAAUAAAAAUAUGCCUAAAAUAGAUGUCAAUGCAUUGGAAGCUCAGGCAAACAACCCAGCUUAUAGCAAAUGUUUUAAAAUGUUUUAUCUUAACUUAAUUGACGAAUUUUGUAACAGAACAGAUGAGUUUAAGACCGAAUUCUUGGACCAAAUUGUUUUUUCAUUACUAACUCUAAAAAUAGACUUAUCUCCCAUCCACGAGGCUAUGCUAAUAAGUAAAGGUGAAUCAAUAAGGAAGAAUGUGGGUUUCGUUGAAAUAAGGAUUGUGGAGUCGAAAAACUUGGAAAAGCAGCGCAGGAUGGCUAUGCAAGUGUUGGCAUGGUCCAGGGCCAAGGAAGGCAUUGAUGUCCUAAAAAUAGGGGAUACUAUAUUUGAUACAAGCCAGUUUGAAAACCACUCUGGGUCAGUUGAAUACAUUUCCACAAGCAUCGAAAAGGAAGUUAAAGCAGAUUCAGUUGAGAAAAUAAAGCCUGAUGUGACUGUGAAUUCUCCAAAGGAUAAAGUAGAAAGACACAAAAAAGAUUCGAUUGAAAUUAAGCCUGAAUCUGUGCCGAAAGCUAAAGACAAACCUGUAAAGAAAGCAGAAAGUGUGGAAUUUCAAGAUAUUGUUUCUGUUGAAGGAGCAAAUAGUAGCGUUGAACAGAGUGACACAUCUGUUAGCUUCGUGUCAGUUGAUGAGGAAUUAGCCAAUAAUUAUAAAAAUUUUAAAAGCAAGGGUAAGACUAGGAUUGAAAAUGAGGUUAAAAAGGACAAGCCUGUGGUAGAGAUCACUUCUAAAAAGGAAGAACCUGAAAGGAAAAAUUCUGAACUUGAGGAAAAGGUGAGGGAGACUGCUAUUAAGGAAUUAAUAAAAAUGGUUUCGAAAGAGGAUUCUUCUACUUUGAGUGGUAAGUGUUUAUAUAAAUUAUUCUCGGAUGAAUAG